AUGGGUUUGUCAUUGGUGAUUUUUCCACUCUUCCUCUGUAUUAUAACUGCUGCUAUUGGUUUUCCUUAUGAAGAACACAAGCUCUUGGGAAGGUGCUUGUCCACCAGAGAAUGUUCAACUGGUCAAAUUUGUAGCUCUUGCCAUGUUGAACUCAAGGGGUCAAGAUGUGUCAGAUCAACAACAACAAACCCAUUCAAGCUACUGAAUGCAUCGUUGCCGUUCAACAAAUAUGCAUAUCUAACGACCCAUAAUUCAUUUGCAAUUAAUAAAAGACCAAUCCUAGAUGCUGUUCCUCAAGUUACUUUCACAAAUCAAGAAGACACUAUCUCUCAACAAUUAUCCAAUGGAGUUCGAGCUCUUAUGUUAGAUACUUAUGACUUCAAAGGAGAUAUAUGGUUGUGCCAUUCUUUUAAAGGAAAAUGCCAAGAUUUUACCGCAUUUGAACCUGCGAUAAAUGCUUUGAAGGAAGUGGAAGUUUUCCUAUCCGCAAAUCCAUCAGAAAUCGUGACACUAAUAUUAGAAGACUACGUUGAAGCACCAAAUGGAUUAACCAAUGUAUUCAAUGCGUCUGGAUUGAUGAAAUAUCGGUUUCCUGUCUCAAACAUGCCGAAAGGUGGAAAAGAUUGGCCUUUAGUGAAAGACAUGGUUGCUAAAAAUCAUAGGCUCAUUGUGUUUGGCUCGCAAAAGCAAAAGGAACAAAGUGAAGGAAUAGCUUAUCAGUGGAACUAUAUGGUUGAAAAUCAGUAUGGGAGAGACGGAAUGCGUGGACAAUGUUCUAAGCGUGCGAAUUCAUCUGAACUCAAUGAUAGAAACAAAUCUUUGGUUCUAGUAAAUCACUUUAGGACAAUUCCAAUCCGUCAAGCCAGUUGUAAAGAUAAUUCACAAAACCUCAUAAAUAUGCUUUCUAGUUGUUAUCUCGCGUCCGGUAAUCGCUGGGCAAAUUUUGUUGCAGUUGAUUAUUACAAGAGAAGUGAUGGAGGAGGGUCAUUUCAAGCUGUGGAUAUGUUAAAUGGGAAAUCGUUGUGUGGCUGUGAUGAUGUGCAGGCUUGUAAGAAUGGAUCAUCAUGUACAAGAUGA